AUGGUCAAAUCGUCACAAAUAACCCUGAGCUCUCUGCGAAAGAUUCCUCUCUCCUAUGCCAGCUGCUCCAUUGGAAAAGUCACCGACUCACUCACGCAAAGACUCGAGGCGAUCACAAAUGCAGGAUUCACGGCAAUUGAGCUGUCCUUUCCGGACAUCAAGCAAUACGCCGAACAGCUUCUGGAUAAGAAGGUCGGUCCGGACGAUUACUCGGACCUGUGCAGGGCGGCGCAAGAAAUUGGGAAACUGUGUCAGCAGUUGAAUCUCAAGAUUAUGAUGCUGCAGCCCUUUGCAAAUUUUGAGGGAUGGCCGAAGGGUUCCGCGGAAAGAGAGGAGGCAUUCUCGCGAGCUAAGCACUGGAUUGAGUUGAUGAAAGCUUGUGGAACGGAUUUGUUGCAGGUCGGAUCAACGGACAGCCCGGAAGAAGAUAAAAUUACAACUGAUCGCAAUGAAAUCGUGGAAGACCUGCAAGAACUCGCAGACAUGCUGGCCAAGGCAAACUUCCGCAUGGCGUACGAAAACUGGUGCUGGUCUACACAUGCGCCAACAUGGAAGGCUGUAUGGGAGAUUGUCCAACGGAUUGACCGACCAAACGUCGGAUUAUGUCUCGACACUUUCCAGACAGCAGGCAGCGAGUGGGCUGAUCCUACAACGACUUCGGGACUGAUUGAAGAAAUACCCAAACCAGAACUCGAAAAGCGAUGGAGAGAGAGUAUGGAGGAAUUAGCGUCCUCAAUUCCAGCCGAAAAGAUCUAUCUGCUGCAGAUAUCGGAUGCUUAUAAGCCAAAGACCCCCAUUGAAAGGAAGAUCAAGAAUGACUUGCUACCCCGAGGACAAUGGAGUCAUGACUUCCGCCCGAUGCCGUAUGACGGUGGUUAUUUGCCGAUAGAAGAUGUGGCCAAGGCAGUUUUGAGAACGGGGUUUAGAGGCUACUUUUCGAUGGAAGUAUUUGAUAGUGGUCCAGACGGUACGGAGAAAGAAUAUAAUGUGGGCAAAUUUGCAAAGAGUGCCAUGGAGAAUAUGCAAAGACUUUUCAAGAAUGUUGCUGACACGAGCGCUUAG